UUAUACAAAUAGCGUCAUAGCGCUCCAGGGCACAUUACACAAGGAUGAUGUGUACGAAACCUUUAGCCGUUUUGUAGUUUAAUUUUAGAUAAUUAUUAAUCUAUGAUGAAGAUUGUAUCACACAAACGCUUCGCCUCAAAGAGACAAGAUGAUAUUUCCUCCUCCUGAACUUAGACUUAGACUAUACAUAGUUUAAGUCCCUUCUGGCCUAUUUAUAGUGGUGGCCCUUGCAACAAUGUCAUCUGUAACUCGACUCCAUCUGUUAAGUCAGAGCAUGUUGAAUGCCAGUUGCCAGAAACAGAAGCGCUGCAGUUCACUUCCCACUGCCUCUCUCACAGAGAGCCCCAUGGAGUUUGUGGGACAACUGAGACCUUCAGGGGCCUGUAGCUUCUUAGGGGUGCCAGGCUUCAGCACUUUGGACCCGGACCUGGAUGAUGAUGAGGGUGAAGUGGUGAUUGGCAUCAGGCCCAAAUCUUCCCCUCUACCACGGAGAAGGAGCUCUGUCUCUGAAGAGGAUUCGGACUCUGAGCCGCCCCUGUCUGGCUCCAGGAGAGUGUCCUUUGCGGACGCUAAAGGUCUCUGUUUGGUACAAGUGAAGGAGUUUGACACAUGGGAUGUACCAAAGCUGCCAGGAUAUGACUCUUUAGAAGGCGAAGGUAAAGAUCUGGAGGAAUACUUCCUCUCUCCUUUCACUUUCUGCCUUCCUUUAUCGACUGAGGAGCUGUUCAUCAAAGUCCUGGAGCAGAAAGUGGAGUUGGAGACCAUCGAGUUACUUCCAGGGACCACAGUACUAAAAGGAGUGAUCCGAGUCCUCAACAUUUCUUUCAAUAAGGCUGUGUACGUCAGAACAACUUUGGACUCCUGGUCCAGCCACUUUGACCUCCUGGCAGAGUACAUCCCUGGUUCCACUGACAAUUCGACGGACUGUUUCUCAUUUAGGCUCACUUUGGUGCCAGAUUUUGGAGAUCGGGGAGCCAGAGUUGAGUUUUGUCUGCGAUACGAGACUCCUGUGGGGACAUUUUGGGCCAACAAUAACAACAGGAACUACGUGCUGUACUGUCACCAGAGAAUGGACAAGAGGAAAGAGAAGAAGAGCCAGAAGGAAAAUGUGAACAAGAGAAGCUGCCUUAAGACUGUUGGUCAGAACUUCCCCGCUGUGGAAAACAUGUCAGCAAUGGAAGCUUCAUCUCAGGAAAAUAUAUCAACAGAUGUGUCAAAACAAGGAGACAAAGUGGACACUAUGAAAGCCAAAGAAAUUCCUGAUGUUCAGUCAGGAACAUCAGAGGAAGACGGACAGAAAUCACUGACCGAGAGUCGAAGGAACUGCAGCCGAAGAAAUCGCAGAAAGGCUGCACGGAUGGCUCGGAUGAGGGACAUCUUUGCUCAGCGAGGUGGAGGAGCGAAUGACACUGAAAGAGAUGAAUCACCUCCAGAAGCAAAACAGGCAACUCAAGAAGAAUCCCCAGAGGAAAAGCAAUCAUUUUCUGACGGGAGCGACAAGUCGGGAGGUUCUCAGUUUGAUUCUGAAUCUCUCAUCCUUGAUGUUACACAUGAUACAUCACCAGCACACGAGUGCACAUCAAACAGCGAGUCAGAGAAAUUGGAGAGCAUCAAUUUGGCUGACUCAACCACAUUAACAGGAGGUGAGAGUGCCACGCAUCUUCCAGACAAGCCAUUGCAUUCAAAUGAUGAGCUUGCUCCUGUGGAACGUCAAAGUAUCAACAAGUCUGUCUCCGAAGCUGUGGAAAGCAGUCAGAGGCAAGACGUGAGUUAUGAAUGUACUAGCAACACUGCAGCUGAACCAGCUGACACUUAUGUUAUUUCAGCGGUAAGCAGCGAGAGUCUUGUUAGCAAGAAAGACAGCUUCACAUUUGGAACAGUGUUGGCGCCGCUGUAUCAUCAAGUGUUUGGCAGAGUGGGAAGUGAAAGUCAGAGCUUAGGUGAUCCAGUACGGGCUACUCUGAAUGUUGGAAACUUAAAUCAAAUUUACCCUCGCACUGCAGGAAGAGAGAUCGGCUGCACUGUUAAAAAAGGUGCUAGAGAUAACAAUGACAAAGUUCAGAGAAAUGUGAUUAAGACUCCAGACCAAGAAUGCCUGCAUGUCACUCCGAAUAGUCCUCCCAUUGAAGAAGAAGAAACAAGUCUGAGUGUGACAGAAAAUGCAGAAACUCUACAGGAUCCAGACCAGAGAUGCACAAAAGCACCUGAGGUUCUAAAAUCUAUUUCAGGAGACGAAGUAGUACAUUCACACACUAAAAAUAUUACAAAUACACAUGUAUUCACUCCACAAAUACCCCAGGAGAGUUUACAUCUCCAGGGAGAAACACAGGAAGAUGAUCUAACCCAUGACCUCCAAAGCCAAAACACGGCACAAACAGCACGCACUCAACUUCCAGAGCAUACAUGUGCACAAAUAAAAACUAAUCUGGACGAAACACAUGCUCAAAAUAAAACAGAAGAACUCGUGGCCAGUGUAGAAACCUCAUUUAUGUCACUCACAGAGUCCAAGUGUGCAGAGGAGUCAAAGAAAGACGAUAACAGGCAAACUCUAUCAACAAACAUCUCAGGGGAGGAUAGACUAUUAGAAGCGUGCCAUGAUUUGAAUAACAUUAUUAAUUCAGCUACAAAAGGAACUGAGAAUAGCUAUGUUUCCUGUUUUGAAGCUGUGGAGGGAAAGAAUGCGACAAAGCACCAGAUAUCUCCUAAAGUCAACAAAGACAGUAAAAAUGUGGAGGAAGAAAACAAAAAGGUGAAUGUCUGGAGUAAAGAUGAAACAAACUACUCAGCUGACAUUAAGGUCAUUGGUGAGGUAGCUGAGUCAAUGCCAAAAGCAAUGAUGAGACACACACAUGACGUGUCAGUGGAGCUCAAAGCUGAAGAAAUUAUUGUUUCAGGAAAAAACGAGCAUUAUAAAAUGGAGGUUGAUGUCUCAAACCUGGUGGGAUUUUGUUUAGCUGACACUACCGAGGUCAAAAACUGGGAAAUGAUGGUUGAAGAAGAGGAGAAAAACAUAUUAACAGAUGACGAGGAAAGCGAGCCAACAUGUUCUAAAGCAGAGAACAGCAAAACAGUGGAGACAGACCAAGAGAUGGAGGUCACAGACACUGAGACAGCAUCAGAAAACAGGAGUACAACAGGGACGGAAAAAGACGAAAUGGUGGGGGAGAUAACAGCUGCAGGAGAGAAAGAUGCAGAGGACAAACAGAGGAUUGGAGAGGAACAAAGUGAGGAGAUCACCACUGGUAAAAACAGGGAAGAAGUUGAGAAAGAAUUAGAACAUGUUCAAACCACAAAGAUGCCUGUAGAGGAAGAACUACUUGAGGGGAUUAAAAUAGAGAAAAUAGAGGAAGGAGAGGGGAUAGAGUCAGAGAAAGCAGAGAAACAAGAGGUCAAUAAUAAAAAAAUAAAUGUCCAAGAAGAAGAAGAAGAGAAAGAGGGGGAGGAGGAAAUGGAAAUAGACUUGGAUGCUGAUGAUGAGGCAAAUGUGGAGAGGGAGGAUCAGGUAAAAGCAAUGGAGGACAAAGAAAAGGAGGAUCCAGAUUACAAGGAGGAAAUUCUAGUUGACGAAACACGAGAGUCAGAGAUCAGAGAUGCAGAGUCGGACAAAGAAAAUAAAGCCGGGUUCGACAUUACACAAACCAAAGCUGAGGAUGGUUUAUCUGCUCUGGUGAACAAUGUGCAGGACGAGAGAGUAAUUGAAGAAAAUACAGGAGAAGGGCAAAAUGCCCACAUCCCAGCUGAAGUGCAUCUUUACAAAGAGGAGGAUUUCCGAAGCAACGAGAAUGUCACACAUGACCUGUCAAAAGCCGCCCGAGAUGAGAGCGAACCCACCGCCAUAGAGGGAGGUUCCUGCAUUUUUCCGGAUGAACCCAAAAGUGACCAAUUAGGCCACGACAGCGCUUCAGCAGAGUCCGACUCAGACGACGAGGUGGAGCUGUACAUGCAUUGUCUGAGGGCUGUUCACACGGGGCCACAGCCACAUACACAACACAACAAAGAUGCAGGUUUUAGCGUGGGCAAAAGGCCCUCUAUAAGCAGAAGCAAACUGCUGUCCACGCCCAUGCCAUCCAUCAGUGAGUCUCUGGAUGAAGAACCAAACCUCAGCCUCCUGCAGGACACAGAGGCUGCGGACUUCCAACCGACAGCUCUGCCAGCGUCAAGUGGAGAGGACAGCGUCGACAGAAAUGCGUCAUGGUGGAUGGAGACUUUUUCCUGGAGCAAUAUCUCAAAAACAUUGCUAUACGCCACAUUGUUGGUGAUAUUUGUCGUUGUGGCCUACCAUUAUGACUUUCUUGCCUGUUUUGGGCUCUACUUGAUAUCAGUGAUUUGGCUCUACUGUCAAGGAGAGACGCAACCUGUUAAAAACAACAACAGGUUGAAUUGAAAUUGCAGUUUGUGGUAUUGUUUAACUUGUGAGUGUACAAGGUGGCUGGCAUGACACCCACAAAGCUCUGUAGGUUUAGUAGAUUUAAACCACUCCGGUUUUUCACCAUCUGACAUUUCCCUUCAUCUAAAGAUAUUUGAACAAGACCUACAUGGAAAAAAAAACAAAAAAAAAACACGAACUGUGACACACAGUGGGCAUUGAUUUCAAGCAUAUAUGACACAUAUCAGAUUGAGUGCUGUAUAUUCCCUAUGGGAGGACGUUAAUUCUCUGUUGUCAAGAGUAUGAACCAAUUUCCUUUACGCUUAGCGUCCACUCUGACAACAGGCUGCGGACCAUCGCUUACACUGAUCAUUUCUGCAGAGCAUUAAUGCAUUCUUGAGGCGUAAAUGAAACUCAUCAGCGUGCUGUGUGUGUAUAGAUACUACCUAGCAAUAAUUGUACACAUUAUACAUUCGGUUUGUCUGGAAUGAAUAAAUUGUACUGCAGACG